AUGUGCGUAAACAGUGAGCGCCUAUGUCAGCAACUGCACCUUCCUCGAAAAGUAGUCAACGUUCCCAUCGCAGGUGUAGAUGGUACUGUUACCAAUUCGAAGUAUCAAGUCCGUGCUGAGGUCCGCUCCAGAGUAUCCCGCUUUAAGGAAGUGCUAGAUUUUCUUGUGUUGCGGAAGGUUACCAGUGAUACACCACCAUCUUCAUUCGUCGCUCCUAAGUGGGAAAUUCCCGAAAAUAUGCAGGUCGCUGAUCCCGAGUUUAACGUGUCUCGAAAGGUAGAUAUGAUCAUCGGAGCAGGUCACUUCUACACGUUCCUGCUUGAAGGCCGAUUCCGUUUAGCCAAUAAUACUCUGCUAGUCGAUACUGUGUUCGGUUGGCUAGUCACCGGGCAAUUAGUAACCAACGAAGAAAACCGUCAACCCCCUGUAGCUUGUCAUGUGGCGACAAUUACUCCUGUCGAUGAGUUGCUAGAACGUUUUUGGGCCAUAGAGGAAGUCAGCACGUCCAACUAUUCUAUCACAGAACAGCAGUGUGAGAACCUUUUCAGUGAAAGUGCUUCGCGUGAUCCCGAAGGACGUUAUAUUGUGCACCUACCAAAGGAGCCUAAUUUUCAGCAACUGCUUGGAACUUCGAAGAUGAACGUUCUACUACGAUUCAAGUGGUUGGAGAAAAGGCUGGAGAAAGACAACGACCUCAAGCAGCAAUACCACGAGCUCAUGACAGAGUAUAUUGCAUUGGGCCAUAUGAAUGCCGUCCCAGAAGAUGGUCUGGAUGGUCCGGACGCCUACUACCUUCCCCACCAUCCCGUUGUAAAAACUUCAAGUUCAACCACAAAGGUGCGCGUCGUUUUCGAUGGUUCGGCGAAAACAAGCACCGGACAUUCGCUGAACGAAGCCUUAUUAGUUGGACCCGUCGUGCAAGAUCAGCUGCUCAGCAACAUUCUGCGGUUCCGUAAAUUUCCGAUUGCCUUGGUGGCAGACAUCGAAAAAAUGUACCGCCAAGUUUCGAUGCAUCCCGAAGACUACAACGAAUCUUCUGGAGAUUCAACAGCACGCAACCCGUAA